UUUUGUCUGUUCAAAAUGGCGAGUUCCGUGUAGGGGUCGAGUGUGAUUGUCGGUGUAACUGUCACCACAUUUGUUCGGUUUAGGGUCAACGUGGAAAGGGUCUUUCACCAGUAUGUUGACCAGCACAGCUCUGCGGCUCCUAAAAUCCUCCGCCGGGGUUUUGCGAGAGAGCGGCUCUUUGCGCUCCGCUGUCUCACUCGCACCGUGGGCACACAGCUCCGGACCCACGGCUGGUUCUGUUGCAGGAAGCUUUAUUGUUCCAUCACCGCAGAGACACUAUGCUCGGGCUCCAAAGCAAAAGAAGACUGGCCCUGUGGGCCAGCUCAGUGAUCUCUCUCCAACCAUGUUGAAGUUGGAUUAUUCACCUGUACCCCUCGCUCAAACGACUGAUGAUCUGGUAAAAAGACUUCUUUCCCUGGAGUUAGCAAGUCAUAGUGAAAAACUCCAGCUGAAAAGGGAACAGCUCAUUGCAAAAGUCCAACGUGAUGAGAACGACCGCAGCUCGACAGAAGUCCAGGUGGCUAUUUUGACAACAAGAAUUCGAAACUAUCAGGAGCACAUGCAAAAACAUCACAAGGACAAAGCUAACAAGAGGCGAAUGCUCAUGGCCAUUGACCGAAGGAAAAAGCUCUUAAGAAGCCUUAGAUUAGUUCGCUAUGAUGCCUUUGAGAAAGUGUGCGAGCAGCUGGGCAUCACCUACACUUUCCCCCCAGAGUACUACAGACGGCUCACCCGCCGCUGGCUGACAAAGAAGGCCUUCUGUAUCAAGGUGUUCAAAGAAGUGCAAAAGCAGAAAGCCGAGCAGAGACUGAAGAUGAAGCAAAGCUUGACUUCUACAGGCACAGAAGCAGCCAAGACAAAAGGAAUAGAGACGCAAUAAAAGACAUUAUACUGGCUUCCUUGUUUAAUGUUACCAUUAUUAAAGCUUUUAGAUUCAGGUUAAUGUCAGAGUUGUUGAGUCAAAUAAAGGAACAUUAAAUAUGA